CACCCUCUCUUUCUUCCCUCUUUUCGCGUGUUUCAGAAUGGCUACUCGCAAGGAAUCAACGUCGACACCAACCGCCCCGAUGGUUUCCACGUCUCCGGGAGCAACUUUGGAUUCGCCUGUGAAGCAAAUUCAGAUCGAGGGGCUGGUGGUCCUGAAGAUGAUCAAGCAUUACCAGGAGGAGGGUCAGGGCAGUGAGGUGGUUCAGGGUGUACUGCUGGGCCUGGUAGUGGAGGACAGGUUAGAGAUCACCAACUGUUUCCCCUUCCCUCAACACACCGAGGACGACGCGGACUUUGAUGAAGUCCAGUAUCAGAUGGAGAUGAUGCGUUCUCUUCGUCAUGUCAACAUUGACCAUCUUCAUGUGGGCUGGUACCAGUCCACCUAUUAUGGAUCGUUUGUCAGCCGGGCCCUGCUGGACUCUCAGUUCAGUUACCAGCACGCCAUCGAGGAGUCUGUCGUGCUCAUCUACG